AUGAAACACUUGACGAAGCCACCAGAAUCGGUGGAAAAGACCCCAUGGAUGUCGAUCGUAAUCGUCACAGCCAUGGCCAUUUUCACAUCCAUACAGUCCGGCUUAUACUACAGUUCGAUGUGGCCGUAUCUGCAGAAAGUGAGUGGCUUUUUUGAUGACAUUAGAGUACAUGUUUUACCAUGAUAACUACGUUAGAUUUCGCUCUGAACGUUCAAUCUUUGAUAAUCGCCCGCAAUCUUUUUUUCAAUUUCUUUACUUUCCACUAAUUUUUACACUUUGCAACACCCGUUCAGCCAACUCUGACGGAUCGCGGGAUCGAUCCGUCCUACAUGCCCAAUAAUUGAUUACGGACCUUUCGCGGCGUUCCUUUCAAGUCUUUCUUUCCCAAACAGCCUUUAAAGUUCAUUAUGAAAAAUAUUACACCGGUCACUUACGUGACUCCACAUAGUUACGAAAUCAGAAACGCCUGGGGAUGACUGGACCUUCGGCGAAGUGCGUAGGUGGCCGUUGAAUGGUGCAAAAGUGAUGUGAUAUUAUACGUGUUUUUCAGCAUUCUGUAAGAAAGAAAAAAGUGACCAUCAGUCUGUCGGGAAAAUAAUGAGCACACUGCCGCUGCGCCGAUCGCUCAACUGAAAAGCGAGCCGAUUUUUUGUUUUGAUUUUGCUGUGACGCAAUUCAUUUUCUUGGCGGCGGCGAUCUUAUUAUUUUCCCGACAGGCUGAUAUCUUCUUGGUAGCUUGACCAGAUAUUCGGCUAUUUUUUUGACGAUUGACGUGAGACACCCUUUUUUUGCCUUUCAUAUGUCUCCAUCAUCAAAGGCACCCUGCAGAUAAUAACAAUUUAUUUUUUUAACUUCUUGCCAUCUAUGUCACACGUUUGCACUUUUCCCGUAAACAACCAUUGAGUGCCCCACCAUGACUCAUCCAUCAACAAAACUUGUAAACACCUAAAAAAUGCUGGUGAUUCCCAUGACAUUGUAACCGUCAGACCACAAGUUCGCAAGUACGCGUUCGCCAAACUCGCCCGAGGUCUGCGCUCUCGUGAGAAAAAAGUCAGGCGGUGUAAAAAGCGACCAUGAUCGAGGAAGUUUAAUCGUACAGCGGGGUGUUUGAUCUAUUACUCAAAUCGUUUCGACUGGUUAGUGUUUUGUCAUGAGGUCAUAAGGAAUCAUAGGCGAAAUUAAACAUGUCUUUAGGGCUGGUCCGUUCCGGCCGGGAUUUAUGAAAAAGAAGGGUCUGAAUUUUUGGUCCGGCCCGGAAAAAUAGAGUUUUUUAACGUAAGAAAAAGUAGUUGGAGAAAUGAGGAGCAAAUGUCUUGCAAGCAUACGAAAUGAUGAUUAUCGGCCUGUCGGAAAAAUAAUGAGCACACUGCCGCAUCAAAAAUUGAAUCGUUCAUAAUGACCGAGAAAAUGAAUUGUGUCGCUCAAAAUCAAAUUGUUUUUCACUUCAGAAACGCGGUCGGCGCAGCGAAAUUCUACUCAUUAUUUUCCCGACAGGCUGGUAAAUUAAAGCAGUAUUGCAAUAUAUUGCUUUUGCAGCUGGUUUUUGCAAUUUUUUAUGAAUUCAAGGAGGAUUUAUCAAAUCUUUAUCCAUAACAUUUGGAUAAAAACUAAAAAAGUUAUAGCCAAUUCAAAUCCGGCCGAAAAAUUGCCGCACCCUGUACAUAUUUACAUUACCAGGUCCAAUUGAGCCGGUGCCGACAAAAAUUUGAACCCCUGACUUUUCCUGCAGAGUACAGCGACUUUAUGAACGGACUGGUCCCCUCUUUUUUCAGAGUUCAUAAACUCACUGCCUUUUCUUCAAUUGCUUUUUGAAAGCCUCACGUUUCGGACUGUCUGAACUCUAAAAUUUAGAAUUCAUUUUUUUUUUCACUAGAUUGUAAUCCCUCUUCUUGUCCAAUUGCGGGAAAACUUCCCCCGCAACCCAAAACUCUUUGAUUCAGCGGACGGGGAAACCGAACCUCUCUUCUUUUCGUUGAUGGAUGAGUGCGAAAAUUGCGGAGAACAAUUAUUAAUCGAGUCAUAACACAAAACGAACUGAACAAACAAGAAGUUGGUAACGUUACAGCAAUAUUAUGAACAGUGUGAACAUGCAACGAGGCGAAUUCUGAUGUGUGAUGUAUAGUAAAAUAGAAAAAGGCAUAUCAAAAAAUAUAGCAAGCAGGCCAAAGAUUGGCAACUAAAAAAUUCAUUCCUACAAGCGUUUUAUCAUCAAAAAUCUUUUACAGAUUGACGUCGACGCCACCGAAUCAUUUCUCGGUGCAAUCAUCUCGAUCUACUCCUUCGGGCAGAUCAUCGCCUCGCCCUUGGUGGGCUGGUAUUCCAACUACUUGGGCACUAUCAAAGUCCCCGUCUCGAUAUGCAUAUGUCUCCAGAUUCUGGGGAAUCUCAUCUAUUUUUACGCGCAAGCGGCGCCUACCCAUUGGGGGAAGUACAUCAUGAUGUUGGCCAGAUUUGUUCUUGGAUUGGGAUCGUGUAAGCAAAAUUUGAGUUGAUUUUUUUGAAUAUGGAAGGCUGAAAACUGCGACACACAGUUUUUCUGUAAAUUUUGCUCAAACGUCGGGCAUGGGUCACACAUCAAUUCCUGAAAGUUUUAGCUCGAGCUUUGCAGGCACCGCCGAGAUAUUCAAUGUUCUUUUGUGGCCGAGAGAGCACGCCAAACGCGGAGAGCGGUCAGAGAGAAGAACACUCACACUUUUCCGCUAUAUUUUUGCCAAUUGCAUGCGGGAAAUUUUUUAUUUUUUGUGGAAACACUACCCUCUACGGUAGAAAUAGGCAUGAAACUUUCCAUUCAACAUGACAUUUCCUCCGACUUUUGCCCUAAAAAUCUCAGUCGUUUCCGCAAGACAUGAGCUAGGAUUUUCACAUAUAUCUUAUAAAAAAUAAAUCUAAAUUUGUGCCAUGCCUCAUCAAAAUCUGAGUGUCGCACUUGGAGUACUUCCCAUUACUUCCCCUGCUAGUUUUACUAGCAAUUUACUCUACAUUAUUGUCUGUUUACCAAACCACUACACUACAAACCACCACAAUACUAUUUCCACCACUUUCAGCGAAUCUCGCCCUUCUCAACACCUAUGCUUGUACAGCAUCAACACCACGUUACAAGAGUCGGACAAUCGCUCUGGUCACGGGUGGAAUUGCUUUGGGUAUUAGUCUUGGCCCAGGAAUUCAGUUAUUCUUCCUGCCUCUGGGCAAAGACGGAAUCAAAAUUGCCGAAAAUUUGUAUCUCAACUUGUACACCGCUCCUGCUGUUGGAGCUUGUGUGGUCAACGUGUGCGCGUUGUCCUGUUUACUCUGUCUGUUCGACGAGUCGUAUGCUGGAACAUUGCCCCAGCCGAAAACAGUAAGUUAAGGGGGUGAAAGGGGAUGAGUAUUUUUUCGUCAACCACAGUUCGGUCGGGGAUUAUAUGUACUUUGGGUGUCCUCUGCCAGCCGUUUCAUGCAUUGGAGAAGCUACGUGAAGGCUUAGUUUGAUAGAAAUAUCAAGUUUGAUUAGGCCCUAGGCAGAGAUUGCCACGGCUCCGGAGCCGGAAAUUUUGGGGUCGGCUCCGGCUCCCGAGCCCAAAGUCGGAGCCAGGCUUCCCAGUGGUCAAAAAAGUAAAAAAUUCGUGAUCUUGUUAAACCAAAUUGCUUGAAAAACAUUGCGGAGGAUGUGACUUGACUGCAAAAACGUUGGCUGUAUGAUCUCUGGCACUAAUAACUUUUAUUUUUGGAAAAAUAUUUUUAAAAAACGUUUUGCAUAGGAGCCGGGAUUCGGAGCCGGAGGCCUUUUUAAAUUUUGCACGGAUCCAAGAGCCGGAGCCGUAGCUGAAAAUUUGGCCUCGGCUCCGGCUCUGGGAGCUAAGAGCCGGAGCCGGAGCCAAAAUUUUGACCGUGGCAAUCUCUGGUCCUGGGAUAGCUUAUCACCUAUUUUGAGGUAUUUCACAUGUACUAACCCAAUAUAAUAUUUAGAUAAAAAUUACGGAUCUUUGUUUUUUUGCCGCAAAUUUUGUUCUUUUAUAUGUUACAAUAGGUCAGAGUGAAGAAGGCUAACAUAAAGUAAGAAAUAGCUAAAAUAAAAUAAAAGUUGUCAGAUUAUAAGUCUCCGCCAAGGCUUCGCCGAGAAUUCGAAAAGCAUGAAAUGGCUUUUCCAGGCCUCAUAAGUACCUUCUACAACAUUUUUUGGGCUUCCGCCUGCCCUACUUAUCGUAUCGAUCGAUUUUUUGUUGACCCGAACUGUUUUCGACCCGAAAACUUCAUGACGCGGUAAAAGGCAGACAAAUCCUUGCUUAUAAUUCUUUUUCAGAAUGCUAUUUUAUCGCUAAACAGUCUUUCUAAUAACAAAUUUUUCAGGCGCUAACGGACAAGCCCAAGCGCAAGCUAAGAAUCGACUGGAUCGCGUUGAUCCUUUGCCAUGUGGUCGGGUUCGUCCAUUACUGCACAUUUACCAAUGUCGAAACUCUCGGCACCACGUUCGCCAUGACAAUGAUGGGAUUCACGGAGGAGAAGGCCAUCAGCUUCACUUCCAUCGCAUUCACGGCUCUUUCGCUGGUGGAGCUGGUGUUUUAUUUGGUCUACAUCGUGUUCAAGUUGGAGCGAUGGGGAUCGACGCGAUGUCAGUGUUUGUUGGGACUAAUGGGGUUGUUAUUGUUCUACACAGCCACGUUCUCAUGGCCAUUCCUGCCUGGAGAGCUGGCAGUUCACACGGAGAGAGGUGAGCCUUAUAUUCAUAUGUUACAUACAUAUGUACAGGGUGACAAAGAAAAAAUGCAACUCAUAUUUAUGGCCAUAUUUUGUCUAAAACACCAAACUUAACCAAAGUAACGGUGAAUAUCAGUAACAUAGAGCAUUGUUAAUAGUAUGCUCGACCAGUUUUAAGGUGGCUGUUCUUGGCCCCGAGAUAGAGCUCAAAACGUGACUUUAAAUUUUGGCCGAUUCGCCGAAGCUUUUUUUGGGGAAAUCGGUUCCGUUCUUACCGCAGCGAUCAAUUAGCGGCUCCAAACUUUUUGGCGUGAACUAGAGGUCCUGGCUUCUAACUCAACAAAAAACAUAGUCCACCGGAUUCAGAUCCAGCGAGUAGACGGCCAUUUCGCAGACCACAUAAAAUCGGGAAAACAUGUCCUUUCCUGGCCUUGCGUCUUUUUUGCUUUAUGGCUGAUGGGGGAAUCAUGCUACGGUGUCUGUUUUGAACCGCCAAAGUGCUACUGAGCCCACGGAAUCACGAUGGUGCACAAAAUGUCGCUGGUAGACUUAUCGGUUUGGUUCUGGCCCCUUUAUCCAAGAAAACCAAGGAAAACCAAGGAUAUCACGCCCCUGGCGCAAGACUUUGCCCCAGGCCAUGAGAGGUCGGAUUUUUACUGGGUUCAAAAAUGGCGGACGGUUUUUGACUCUCAACAGUCCAACUCCUGCAAUUCUGGUGGUUGUAGGCCUGCUCGAUGUUGAAAUACUUCUCAUCCGCGAACAGGACCUUCUCUCAUCGCUGAGCUGCGGCGCGACGCUUGAGUUUUCGACAUUUUUUGAGCCGUACUUGCUUGUAGUGUUCCGUGAGGCGCUAGGUCUUUUGGAGCAUGUUAGGCUUGCGCUACGGUGCAUUGCUGGCCAUUCAUCGACCAGCUGUUGUGUUGAUGACGGUCUGCCGGGCAAUCUUUUUCAUGGACACCAUCAGAUUUUGCUUCACUCGCUUUUUGAUGAUCUCAAAGUUGCCAGAAGUGUUCAAGAUGCGCUUUCUUCUAUUUCCUGGACACUUAACAUCGUGGCCAAGCUCGUGGAUUCGUUUGGUGGCUUUUGGCAUAGCAGAUUUUCCUACACCGAGCAGUUUAGCAAUCUCACACUGUCCUUUUUCCUCCCGAGACAGGUUUAAAAUCGAGGUCCCUCUGUUUGACACUCAAUACAAAGAUGAUAAUCAAUCGAUAUGGGCAUGAAAAUCAAAAGACUGGGACAGAAAAACACGGAGAAUUUAAUGGUAUAAAAAAUAUUUCGCUACACCUAAACAUUUUCGCGGCAGGACCCAUGAAAAAAAGUUGCAUUUUUUAUUUGUCACCCUGUAUUAUAACACAUGUAUAUUUCCGAUAUAAUUUGACCCCCUAAACUGUAGCGAUUACAUGUAAACUAAUUUCAGAAUUUAUCGACUAUCACAACCAUCUCAGCAACAUCUCCGAGCCCGUCGGCUGCAACAUUGAUAGAUUUAGUUGGUGCUUCGAUAUCAAACCGAUCUCACCCUACUUGUACUUGACCACCUUGGCCAUUGUUGUCGGUCUCUCGUUUGGCAUAAUUAACACCACGUUGAGCACACUCUUCUCCGAAGUUCUAGGCCCGAAGAAGCAGGGAACACAACAGGGAUUCUUUCACAUGACAAAAUGCUCGGCCAGAAUGGUCGGGCCUAUGGCGAUUACGUAAGGUUUUUGAUAGAAAGAGGCUUUUUAUUCGCACGGGAGGUACUCAGAGUGCGACGCUCAGAUUCUCAGAUUCCGUUAAAAUUUUGCGCACACACUUGGCAUAGAUUGCACAUCAAUGCUUCAAAUUUUUAGCUCCUUCUUUGCCAAGGCAACCGAAAUAUUCCACGGUGUUUAACGCCAAGAGAGGGCCAAAUGCGGAGAGCGGUCAGAGGAAUCAACACUUUUUAGCCAUAUCUUUGACCAUUUCGUACGAAAAAAAAUGAUUUUUUUAUGGAAACAUUUCCCUUUCGAGUAGAAAUGGGCACGACACUUUUCAUUCCAAAAUUCGCAAAAAAUCAUCAUUUUUGAAGAUCUUCGAGCUGAGAAUCUCGGUCGUGCAUGAAAAGCGUGAGCUAGGAGUUUUGCAUAUGUCCAAUUUCAGUCCAAAAAUCUUGAAUUUUCUUACAACGGGUCAGGUCAAAAAAGCAUAACAUUUUUUCUCCCGGAACGCUGUCCGCAUUUAGCGUACUCUCUUGGCCUCAAAGAUCGUUGAAUAUUUCGGCCGUCCUUGGAAAGCGCGAGACAACACUUUCAAACAUCGAUAUUUGACCUAUGUUUGUCGACUGCGCAAAAUUUAAGCAAAAUCUAAGCGUCGUGCUUGGAGCACUUCCCCUAUAGAUCGUCCUACAGGAUUUUGCCUACUUAUCCUAUAUCCUAUUGACACUUACCCCAUUCAAUUCCAGGUUCCUCUACCGAGGAUUUGGCCCUCGAAUUGCCUGGUCCCUUCAACUCUCCAUGUUGGGCGGGACCAUUCUCCUCUACUUGGCCUUCUACAAACGCAUGAUUCCCAUGCAGUAUCCGGCGGUGAACAAAAUCCAACCGGAAGACCAUCAGAUCACGACGAAGCAAGUGUGA